AUGCUACUGGGAGUGCCGGACAUCAAAUGCAACAAGUUUGGUGGCCUUGUGCCAGUAGAUCUCCAGCGGAUACCGGCAUGCGUAAGCGUUUGCAAGCUGCUGGAUCAGGAGGAUGUGGUGUUGAAGGAAAAGAAGUUGGCUUCCAGUGAUCUUCUGGCAAAAUAUGGCGAUGAACUGAAAGACAAAGGGACCCUUUUGAGAGACGUCCUCCUGGAAGGUGGCACAGCCAGGUAUGCUUGCCGGAACGGUUGCAUUUCUGUUGGCGACACAACAAGGCAGUGUGGAGAGAUGGAAAAGAACAUGGCAGUGAAAUGUGGCUGCAACGUCCGCUUGGUCGUCAAGGACAUGACCUUUGAUGAUCCAAAGCUGGCAACUCAGAUUGAGAAGGUGAAGUUUCAGGCCUACGGUGGUCCAUUGAAUCAGGAAGAACUGGAGGAUUUGCGAGGAAGCAAAGGAUACAAAGCCGCCACGAAGUUUACGAUGGAGGAUCUCAACAGCAAAGAGCCCAACGAGAACCUUGCAAUCGACAUCCCAAAGCCUGCGAAUACAGAGACUGGGGCUACUUUUAAGGCAGUUCGAUAG